AUGAGGGAGGCUGGACAAAGGGUACAACCAAACAUCAGUAGAUUCACUGUGUCCACCAUAAUCCGAAUAUUUAGAGAAGAGAACAGAAUUGAAAGACUGCCACAUGGGGGUGGGAAGACAGGUAUGUUCUCCCCACACCAAGAGACCCUAAUUGUUGAUAUGGUCCGUGAGAACAAUGGCAUUAAACUGAGUGAAAUUCAGCAGAAGAUCAUUGAGGACCAUGUAAAUUUUGAGGGUAUCAACAGUGUCAGCCUCUCUACUGUUGAUCGUGUCCUCAAGCGCAACAGACUGCGCAUGAAACAGCUAUACAGAGUGCCCUUUGAUCACAACUCAAUGGCUACCUAUUCUGACACGAUGUACAAAAACAGAACCACCAACAUACCUGAGUUUAUCCUACAAGGAUUUAUAGGAAUUCCUGCUGAGUAUUAUGGAUUGUUAGGAACUUUUUUCCUCUUUAUUUAUCUGAUGCUGGCAUCUGGGAACAUUUUCAUCCUCAUAUUUGUGGCAUGUGAAAGAAGUCUUCAGAAGCCAACAUACAUCAUCUUUUGUAAUCUUGCAAUAUCAGAUCUUGGAUUUGGAACUACAACUCUGCCCAGAAUCAUUGUUAAGUACUGGAUGUCUGAUAUCAUGUCAUUUAAUAGUUGUACUGCACAAAUGUAUUUUGUUCAUUAUUUUGGGACUUGCACCUCAUUUCUUAUGGCAUUAAUGGCCCUUGAUCGAUUUGUUGCCAUAUGUAACCCUUUAAGAUAUCCAGUUUUGAUUAGGAACUUCAGUAUUGUAAUUCUUUGUUCAGUGUUUUGGAUCGUCACCUUCUUCAUUCUUGCUGGAACUGUUUCAUUAGCCCUUAGUGUGCCUUACUGUGGCCCAAAUAUUAUACGUCACUGCUACUGUGACUAUAUUUCAGUAAUUAGCCUAGCAUGUGCAGACAUAACGGCCUUGAGAGUCACUACUACGUCUGUUGCUAUGGCUGUACUAUGGGGUCCUUUAUUUUAUAUCAUAUUCUCUUAUGUGGCCAUCAUUAUUUCAGUCAUGAAAAUAGCAACUAAAGAGGGACGAUAUAAAACUUUUUUAACAUGUACUCCACAGCUUUUAAUUAUCUGUCUGUACUAUCUCCCCAGAAGCUUUUUGUAUAUGGCAUUUGCUAUUGGAUUUCGUUUUGAAACCAACCUUAAUAUUGCAAUGAUAUUGAUGUACAGUCUUUUCCCUGCCCUCAUUAAUCCUCUCAUUUACUGCUUUAGGACCAAAGAAAUUAAAGACACAAUAAUGAGGAAAUUGAAGCAAAGGCAGUUGAGGGUAAAUGGAAAAACAAUUUUACCUUGA